GCAGUGUCCCAAGGCACACUCACAAGCAUCUCUCUCUCUUGAUAUAUCUCUAGCUACUGCUACUGCUACUUGUCGAGUUGAAGAGAUCAGAGCUAGGGAGAGAGAGAGAGAGAGAGAGAGAGAAGAUGGUCUGCAAGAUCCUUCUGGUCACAGCUCUCCUGGUCGGCAUUGCUUCCCAGAGCUCUGCAACCAGGAGCAUGCAGGGUGGUCACGUCGCUGAGAAGAAGUUCGGCGGCGGCGGCGGCGGUGGAGGCUACGGCGGUGGUGGAGGCUACGGUGGAGGCGGCGGCGGAGGGUAUGGAGGCGGCGGCGGCGGCGGUGGCUACUCACCGUCACCGAUGACCGGAUUCACCGGGAGCUGCGACUUCUGGAAGAGCAACCCGGACAAGAUCAUCUCGUGCAUCGGGUCGCUGGGGAGCAUCGUGGGCUCGUUCGGUGACGUGUGCAGCUCCUUCUUCGGCGGCAAGCUGCAGACGCUGCAGGACGCGCUGUGCAACACCCGCAAGGACUGCUACGGCGACCUGCUCCGGGAGGGCGCCGCCGCGUACAUCAACUCCAUGGCCGCCAAGAAGGCCAAGUUCGCCUACACCACGCACCAGGUCAAGGACUGCAUCCUCCUCGGCCUCACCUCCAAGGCCGCCGCCGUCGAGCAGGCCGCCAUGUUCAAGAAGGCCAACCUCGCCUGCCACUACUAGCUACUCGCCAGCCAGCCGCCCUGCGUCGAUCUCCGGCCAUCUCUAAGCUAGCUAGCUACUCUCUCAAUAAGUCCAUGCAUGGAUGAGUCAUUCUCCUCCUAUGCAUAUACUGCAAAUUAAGAUGUGUGUGCGUGUGUGUUUGGACAGUCACAUCUGACCUCAGCUGCCUCUGCCUCUUUGUGUGUGUUUGCCAUUAAUUCGAUAUGAUGCACGGCGCCACGAUCGACGUCUCGUCGUCGGUGAAUGCUUUGUUUGUUUAUCUUGUGCUUGUUGUUCGAAAUUAAUGUGUUUAAGAAUAAUGUUAGUUCAAUUGGUUUGUUGGUCGA